UGUCAAAUCGAUAUCAUCACUGGAUUGGAUGAAACACACAAAAAUACAAAAAAGGAAAUUUUUUAUUCCUUUGUGUCGUCGAUAAAAGCGCAAAUUCUCCACAAAAAUUCCAGCGCGUUUCUCCAAAAAUUUUUUUAAUCGCUAAAAAUCCAGUGAAAUAUCAGAAAUUUUUUUACUGAGAUUUUUUUUUAUAUGAGAAAUAAAGACAAAUCAAUGUCUGACGACCCAGCCCCAUUCAUCCAUGAAAAUUAGUGCAACCACUUUAGGCAACAUUUAGUGUUCGUAGCUCGUAGAAAAAAUGUCACAAAACUACCAAAACUACUCGAGACCGAGUAGGCGGAGUGGCCCGUGUGAUUGUUGUGUGCGAGCUGUUAAAUGGAUUCCCGUGCUGUUUAUUUUCUCCAUCAUCUGUUGGAGUUACUACGCAUUUGUCGUGCAAUUGUGCUUCAUGACUGUUGAAAAUGUUGCUGAACGCGUUAUCCUGAUACUCCUUUAUCACGUAUUUUGCUUCCUGUUUUUAUGGAGUUAUUAUCAAACAAUUUUCGUUGAUAUUGCCUUAGUACCGCCGGAGUUUCGUCUCAAGAGUACGGAAGUGCAGAAAAUAUACUCGGCCGAGUCAGAAGUUGAACAACGAGAAAUUUUGGAGCAAUAUGCACAGAAUUUGCCAAUUACAAAUCGAACAAUUACGGGAGCGAUUCGUUUUUGUGACAAAUGUUGCAUUAUUAAGCCAGAUCGGGCGCAUCAUUGUUCCGUUUGUGGCGAUUGCGUUCUGAAAAUGGAUCAUCACUGUCCAUGGGUUAACAAUUGCGUGAACUUCAGCAAUUACAAAUUUUUCAUACUGUUUUUAGGGUAUGCUCUACUCUACUGUAUAUACAUUGCGUUAGCUUCUCUUCCGUAUUUCAUACAAUUUUGGAAGGGUCAUCUCGAAGGCAUGGGUCGCUUUCACAUCCUUUUCCUCUUUUUCGUAUCUGUGAUGUUCGCGAUAAGUUUAGUCAGCUUAUUUGGGUAUCACAUUUACCUUGUUUUACUGAACCGAACAACGUUAGAGGCAUUUCGUGCCCCAAUUUUCCGCAUCGGAGGUCCCGACAAACAUGGCUUCAGCUUGGGACAUCUCAACAAUUUCCAAGAGGUUUUCGGCGAUGACAAACGUUUCUGGUUUCUUCCUGUUUUUACAAGCCUUGGCAACGGCGUUUCUUACCCCUGCCAAUCACAACACCAACAACCUCCCAACUAUGAAUCAAUGGGCGCAACAACGACAACACCCAACGGCCAUUCAAGCAACAUGAAUAACUUUUCCGCGAACUCCUCCGCUUCCAUGAAUAACAAUCACUCUAACCUAAGUAGCAAAAGUGAGAGCAGUCUCGGCGAUGGUAUAACGUAUCCCGUACGUUUCAUGGAUGAAGAUGCCGAAUCCUUGCUUGGCGGCGAAGAUCGGCGUCAUGAUGAGCGCGCCACUUUUCGACCGAUCGUUAUGAAUGGCACGCAACAAAGACAACAUGUCACCCUGAAACCGUAUCACGAUGACCUGGAAGAAGAAGAUGACGAGGAAAAUGAUGAAGUUUUUACGCGACAACAACCACAAUCGAGACGCCCUCUGUCGGACGAUGAUGUAGUUGUUAGUUACGAAAGAUCGCCCCAAAAUGGCGGGAAAUCAAAUAACGAUCACACGAUCAUUGAUUUUGCGUAAAAGUUUUUUUAUGGUUUAGGUUAAGGGGAAUUGUGGUUGGCUCAAAGAUAGAAUUUAUUUGUGUACUUAGAGAAGAAAAAUUUAGAGACUUGACUUUUAGAAAAGGGCUCCUUCCCCUUGUGAGACUGAAUUCUUAUGAAAUUAAAAAAAAAUCAUUCCGAUUGAAAGAAAUAUUUCCGUACGAAAGAUGACAAAACAUUCCUUGACAAGAAAAAUCCUAAAUUAUUUAAGAGUAAAGUAGAUAGAAAAUUAAUUAUAAGCGUUGUUGAGAUACAAAAAAAAAAACAAAGAAAUUUAAUGUGAGAAUUUGUACGUGUAAGUUUUAGUUAGUAAUUAGGCGGAUUUAAUUAGGAAAAAUGUUUCAAUUUUUGUUUUUAUCAAAUUUUUCAAAAACUCUUAAAUUUUAUAGCAAAAAAAUUUAAUUUUAAAUUAAUUUGGUAAAAAAUAAUUAAAAUUUAUUAAAAAUUAACAAAAAUUUCAUAAACGUCAAUUCAAAAAAUGACAGUUAAAAAUUUGAGAAUUACUUUUUGCUAAUUCAAAUUAAGUUAAAGUUCAAUUUUUUAAUAAAAUUGCCAAAUUGAUGUCAAAUUAUGAAAUAAUUUUCAUUUUUUUUAAAUUUUGACAGAAAAUUUUGUAAAUGUCAAUUCAAAAAAUAACCGUUAAAAUUUGAAAAUCGCUUUUUUGCUAAUUCAAUUACAUUUAUAGUUCAAAUUAUUCAUAAAAUUACUAAAUUUAGGUAAAAUUUUUGUUGUU